CCCCCGCGGCGGGCACAUGGCCUUCGUGGCCUCGGGCGCGUGCCCGCAGGGCCCGGGGGAGCUGCGAGACUGCGUGGUGCAAUUUAUCUGCAGCCAGUCGACCGCCUUCCCGCUCAGCGUUGUUGGGCUCAACGCGGAUUUACGACGUGCGUACCAGCGCGCCGGGCGCCCCUUCUCGGAGCUGCGCGCCUUCCGCGCGGGCAGCACCGGGGAGGCCGUGCGCGCGGUAGCGGCGGCGCUGCAGGGGAUGGGGCGCGGGCAGGCGCUCCAGCUCGAGGACGACACGAACGGCGUGGAAGACCUCCUGGUCGUGGAGGCCGACCGCCAGGUCAUCCGCGACGCGCUGCUGGCGCCCCAGAAGGGACCCGGCCCCUGGCGGCGACGGCGAGCGCCGGAAGAAGCUGCCGCAGCCCGGGCCCAGCGCCCCCAGCGAGGGCGCCCCCGCACCGGCCCCGACCAUCGGCAGUGGAGGACUCCCCGGCGGCCCGCCCGCGGGCGACGGGGACGACGAGCUGUCGCGCUUGCUGGCCGCGCCCACCGUCCUCGCCCGGGGCGCAGGGGAGGCCGAGGCCGCGGCGGAGGCUGGCGCCGAGCGCGACCGCCGCCGCCGCGGCGGCGAAGGCCGCGACCGCCGCCGGCGCAGGCGCGACGGGGGCGACGAGCCCGCCAGAGAGGACGCGCGGCCCGCGGAACCCGCCGCGGCGGGGGCGCCUCCCGACGCCGGGGCGCCGCCGCCGCAGGCACCCCAGCAGCAGCAGCCCCCCUCCGACGUCUGGGUCUUCACCCCCGACGGCAGCGGCGACGUGCUGCCCGGCCCCGCCGCUGGCGGCGAGGCGGCCGCGCCGCAGCUCGGCAUGCCCGCGCCCGAGAGCCCGAAGAGGACGCUGAAGACUAUGCCCAUGUUCCAGUGGGUGUCCGCGAGCAGCGUCGAGGGCCUGAAGCUUCCCACCGAUCCGAACCGCCGCACCUUCAGGGCCAGGAGCCGGAGCCGGCGGCGGAGCCGGAGCCCCCAGAGCCCGCCGAAGCUCGCGCCGGGGGAGGUGCCGCUGAAGCUGGCGGGGGAGGCUUGGGAGGAGCCGCGCGAGAAGGGCGGCCUCCGCCUCGUGGCGGACGGGCCCGUGGCCCUCGCGAGCAGCGGCGCCGCCUGGGCCUACCCGGUCGCGGACGAGUCCCGUCGCUCGUUCGCGGGAUACCUGCGCGGGGCCCUGUCCGCGGCGGCCUGCGAGGAGUACUUCGCGCGGAUCCGCGACGGCACGAGCUGGCAGCAGCCCGAGGGGCCGAUGGGGCCGAUGCCGCGGAAGACGUGCUGGAUGGUCACCGGGGGCUGCUCCUGCCGGUACCGCUACGGCGGCGUCGAGGUGCCCCCCAUGGAGUUCCCGGACUGGAUGACCGAGCUCAUGGGGGUGGUCAUGCCGAUGUGCGGCUUCACGCGCGACCAGUGGCCUGGCGCAUGCAACCUGAACCUAUACGAGGACGGCGGGAUGUCUGUCGGGUGGCACGCCGACGACGAGCGCCUGUUUCAGGGGCGACACAGGGACUGCCAGAUUGUGUCGCUGUCACUUGGCGCGAGGAGGACGUUCGAGCUGCGUCUGAACUUCCCCGAG